UCCAUCAUGCUGCAAAUGUGCAAAAAGGGACACGGAAUUCAUAAUAAAUAAAUUUCGAAGGAGGGUGACUUCAAUGAUGAAUCACCAUAGCGAUCCGAUAAACAGUUGGGGAAAAGAUUUCGAUUGAGUUGGAAGAAUUUUGUCUGGGUGAUAAAAAAGUUUUAGAGAAAGAUUUUGAUUUUUAGGCGAUUUUCUCAGGUAUUAGCGGUAGAACAGAAAGAAAACGGAUGACAGGAAGGUGCUUUUGAAUCGUUAUAGAUUCUCGUUGGACGGUUAGCAAACCACGAUGGAUGACCAACCGAAAGCGGAAGGAGAAGCCGACAAAAAGAUUGUUCAUAUCUACCCGUUGGUUAAGUUUUCUGACAUGAAUGACGAUGUCCGGGCCGAGGCGAUAGAACUGAGCAUUACAGCGUGUGAGAAAUACGCACAAAACUACGAGCACGCCGCCAAGGCAAUCAAGGAAUUGAUGGACAAAAAGUUUGGCACCUUUUGGCACGUGGUCGUCGGCGAAGGAUUCGGUUACGAAGUCUCUUACGAAACGAAGAACAUCCUGUACCUGUUUUUUGGCGGUAAUUUGGCGAUCGUGUUAUGGAAGUGCUCGUAGAUUGCGUGGCACGCAAUGUGAUUGUGAAUUGGAAUAAGUUAAAUUGGCAAUAAAACGGUAGAAUAUAUUGUUGUACAUAAUAAUACAC